GAUUAAGCCACUCCGAAAUAGCAGCCACCCAGACAACUGCAAAUCCAGUCCGUCGGUUGAGAAAGUAAGUCAAGGGGAACACGAGAAGGAAGGCAGCUUUGGGAUCCCCAAUAGAGGAAACCCUAUAAUAUACUAUUCUUGGUAAAAAUCAUAAUGUAAUGCUAAAAUACCAGCUACGGUGGAAUUAAUGACAAUCGUGAGAUGGGACGUAACUACGUAAUUUGCCACGCCCCGAAGUCGUCCAAGUGACGAGAUCACGUACUAAUCUGACGUACGACUGGCGCUCCGGUUUCCUGGCGGAGAAGAUGGCGGCUCCUGGACCGGGGGAGUAUUUUAGCGUCGGAAGCCAUGUCUCUUGUCUCACUUGCUUGGGCCAACGUCUGCAAGGAGAGGUGGUGGCCUUCGACUACCAGUCAAAGAUGUUGACUUUGAAAUGUGCUCCCUCCAGUGGGAAGCCAAACCUCAACGACGUCAUCCUGAUCAAUUUAGCCUAUGUUUCUGAAGUGGAUAUAAUAAAUGACCGCACUGAAACGCUUCCUCCUCUAGCAUCACUGAAUGUUAGCAAGCUUGCCAAUCGAGCACGGUCAGAGAAGGAGGACAAGCUGUCCCAAGCCUAUGCAAUCAGUGCUGGGGUUUCUGCGGAGGGCCAGCUGCUAUUCCAGACUAUUCACAAAACCAUCAAAGACUGUAAAUGGCAGGAGAAGAACAUACUGGUCAUGGACGAUGUUGUAAUUUCGCCACCAUACCAGGCUGAUAACUGCAAAGGCAAAGAGGGAAGCGCUUUAAGUCAUGUACGCAAAAUAGUUGAGAAACAUUUUAGAGACGUGGAAAGGCAGAAGUCCAUGCAACGUUCACAAGCACAGCAAACACAGAAGGACACCACUUUAUCUUCUUGAGUCGGCACCGGGCAGCGUGGGUCCGGCCAGCCAGGGUAGGCAACACGGCGGGGGACAGGAAGGCUGCACGGCUGGCAGUGUGUUCCCACCUCCGGACAAGGUUGGCAUUCCUAGCCCUCGGUGUCAGAGACCAGGAAGAUACAGCGCUGAGGGGCCCUGGUAUUCCAGAAGAUCAAACCAUUUAUGAAAAAGACAACAAAAAAAUAAAGAGGAAAAGAGUUAAUCUUAAAUUAGACUUUAUAAAUAAUUUAAAACAUAAACCAUGAAGCAACCAUAGUUUCCUUUAACUAACUUCAUCGUCUCACUCAUCCCCCCAUCCAUUCAUCGUCCUCCCCAUCCACCUUCAAUUUAAUUUCUUCAGAAAGAGAAAAUAGAGCAGUCAGAAAGGCUUGUUAGCUUUAUUUUCUGUCAUUUCCUUUUUGCUGUAUCCAUGUUCUACAAUUGUCUGUUUUCUGUAUUUUAAACAAAAUGUGACUUGAAAUGCCACACUUUAAAAAUACAUUUUCUAAAAUAAAAGUAACAAAAAUUCUGACUAA